CGGCAAUUGGAGUAUCAUGUACGGCAUGUGCCCAGUCGGGUGACGAACCAGAUGCAACAUCUGAGAUUUAACGGAGGAUGUCGUUAUACAUAGCGAUGAAGACACUACAGAUAUUGGUGCUAAUUAUAAUUGGCGCAGCAUCGAGCUCGUCCAAUAAGCUGCGUUUUGACAAUUAUAGGGUUUAUUCUGUUAAUGUUCGAACCGAAGAACAAUUGCGUGUUUUACAAAACUUGGAGGCUACACCAAAUGAGUUUAUAUUUUUAGACGCUCCUUUAGCUAAAAAUUCCGCCAUUCAAAUAGUCGUUUCACCAGCAAAACAGAGAAAGUUCGAUUUACUGUCAGUGGAACUGAAGUUUGAUCCAGUAUUAAUUUCCUCAGAUCUUCAGAGUGCCAUAGAUAAUGAACAACCCAAGCGCGCAAGGCGGACUUCUUUUGGAUGGGAAGACUAUCAUACCCUAGAUGAAAUCUACGCGUGGCUUGACGAGUUGGUGAUUCAACACGAUGAUGUACUUAGCGUUGAAGCCAUAGGCCGCUCGUAUGAGCAGCGUGAACUGAAGGUUAUCAAGUUGUCCUACAAAGAAGGGAACCCAGGUAUUUUCAUCGAUACAAAUAUCCAUGCUCGUGAGUGGAUUACUUCGGCUACUGUGACAUGGAUAUUGAACGAACUGUUGACUUCUGAAGAGCCAGCAGUUCGAGACUUGGCGGAGAAUUACGAUUGGUACAUUGUACCAGUGGCAAAUCCAGAUGGUUUCGUCUAUACGCAUACUGUGAACCGGCUAUGGAGAAAGACGCGCUAUCCGUAUUCAGUACUAUGCCAAGGUGCAGACCCCAACAGAAACUUCGACUUCCAAUGGAGCAAUGGAGGAACCUCCGACAAUCCUUGCUCGGAUGUGUAUGCUGGAAAGCAUCCCGAGUCGGAGAUUGAAGUGAAGACCAUCUCCAACUACGUACGAUCAAUCGCCGACAAGCUCAACCUGUACCUGGCAGUGCACUCCCGUGGACAGUACGUUUUAGUGCCGUUCGGUUACAGUGCAGCUCCAUAUCCACCGAACUACAAGGAUUUGAUGCAGAUCGGAAAACGGGCAGCUGUGGACAUGUACAAGGUUCACAAAACGCCAUACCGCGUGGGAACAACAGCCGAUGUGCUCUAUGUGGCGUCCGGAAUAUCUGUUGACUGGGCCUACGGAGCAGCAAACAUUUCCUUGGCGUAUACCUUUGAGUUGCGUGACCAAGUGGAGUAUGGGUUCAUUCUACCGGCCGACCAGAUCAUACCCAAUGCCGAGGAAGUUUUGGCAGCGUUUGUAGGAAUGAUUGAUGAAGCGCGGGUUUUAGGAUACUUUUGAAUAUUUGAAAAUUUAAACAUUGGAAAACCGUGUGAGAAUCAAACGUACAUGUCUAGAAAUGCAAAUAAAAAGAGGAUGUUCAAGACGGAUGAUGUAAUACAUGUUGAAAAUACACAUGAAAAUUCAUUCCGUAGUGGAA